AAAAGCAGCCAUGUCAAGUGAGGGAAAAACGGUAUGAACUAAUUGCGGAGAGGAAGGGUCAAUGAUUUCGAGAGGUCAGCAGAUUUGUUUAUAAGUGCAGCUAUAACUGUUGAUAAUAUUUAGUUGCGCCAGUGCAGUCGGUCGACAUAAUGUUUCCUUCAUGUGGAUAAUAACAUAUCCAGGGCAGUUUGUCAUCGAUGUCAAGAGCGGAAUAAUCAAACUGAACCUGCUUCGCGUUUAAUGUGACCCGACAGUUUGCAUUGGAGAAAACGUAUGUCGAGCCAAUGAUGUCAGGCAAGCAUUACAAGGGUCAAGAAGUCAGUUGCUGCAUCAAAUAUUUCAUAUUUGGAUUUAACAUCAUAUUUUGGUUGCUGGGGUUGGCUUUCCUUGGAAUUGGAUUAUGGGCAUGGAAUGAAAAGGGAGUCCUCUCAAACAUCUCCUCCAUCACAGAUCUGGGUGGAUUUGACCCAGUGUGGUUGUUUUUGGUAGUGGGAGGGGUGAUGUUCAUCCUGGGAUUUGCCGGCUGUAUUGGCGCCCUGAGGGAGAACACUUUCCUACUCAAAUUUUUUUCUGUGUUUUUGGGGAUAAUCUUCUUCCUGGAGCUGACUGCUGGGGUCCUGGCAUUUGUCUUCAAAGACUGGAUUAAAGAUCAGCUCAACUUUUUCAUCAACAACAACAUACGAGCUUAUAGAGAUGACAUUGAUUUGCAGAACCUCAUUGACUUCACUCAGGAAUAUUGGGAUUGCUGUGGGGCAUUUGGAGCAGACGACUGGAACCUCAACAUCUACUUUAACUGCACAGACAGCAACCCCAGCCGGGAAAAAUGUGGAGUGCCCUUCUCCUGUUGCACCAAAGACCCAGCGGAGGAUGUUAUCAACACACAGUGUGGAUACGACGUUCGGGCGAAAUCAGAUGCAGAGCAAAAGACUUACAUUCAUGUCAAAGGCUGUGUGCCACAGUUUGAGAAAUGGCUACAGGACAACCUGACAGUAGUGGCUGGAAUCUUCAUAGGAAUUGCACUAUUGCAGAUAUUUGGAAUAUGUCUUGCACAAAAUUUAGUCAGCGAUAUUGAAGCAGUUAGAGCCAGCUGGGUGCCGCCCCACUCUUACGUCGUCCGCCGCCCCCCACCUCCCCACUACAGCAAGAAAGCCUCGGCAUAAUCCUGAGGGAGGCGCAUCGUGCACUCGCCUGUUUGUUCACAUGAAGUGGCAGCUAUUCCUUCAGACACUCACAGGUCUACACCAGCAUGACAAAGGUUGCAACUGAUGAGUUCAAGAUGCCAAGUGCACUGGGUCAUGUGUAUGCAGAUUUGACCGCACUAAUACCUUGUACCUGUAUCUGUAAAUACUGCUACUUUUUCUAGAGUCGUUUAUGUGUCAAAAUGUGUAAUAAAUGUGAGAAAAUAUUUGUAUCCAUGCAGUCGAAGUGAGAAUGUGAAGCUAUAUGUGUAGUUGAGGGUCAGUGGGAGAGUUUCUCUUUCAUUGGCAAACUAUAUCCCGCUGUUAUUUUUAGUUUAUCUUAAUGACACUGGUUACUACAUGCGCUUAAGCAUUAUAUUAGAUUUCUUUCUUUGCUUUUAAAGCCUUUGGGAGACAAUACACAUCUCAUUCUAAUUGACGGAAGUGACCGUAAUGUUAGGGCAUACAGCAGCUUAUGUUUUAUGCUAUAAAAGUCAGGUCAUUUGAUCAUUAAUUUUUUGUGAAAUGGUGUCCUUGCACUAAUGAAAUAGAAAUCCUAAAAUGUUUAUCUUUCACAAACAAUUUCUGAUCAAAGAGGAAACUGUACCAUGACAGUAUUUUUAUGUAUCCGAUGAACUAGUCAGGAGGUUAUUUUAAAUGUAGGUUUGUUGCAGGUCAUUGUAAAUAUUCGAGUGUUGUUUUUGCACUUUUACAAUCCCUACAAAGCAGUAUGGUGUGUCACUCUGUAAUGCACUACAUGGCACUCUUGGAUGUAAUUGAACAUCACUAA